AUGGCUCGGCCUGACCCCGCCGCGCCGCCCUCGCUGCUGCUGCUGCUGCUGGCGCAGCUGGCGGGCCGCGCGGCCGCCGCCUCCUCCUCCUCCUCCUCCAAGGCGCCCGUGUGCCAGCGGAUCACGGUGCCCAUGUGCCGCGGCAUCGGCUACAACCUGACGCACAUGCCCAACCAGUUCAACCACGACACGCAGGAGGAGGCGGGCCUGGAGGUGCACCAGUUCUGGCCGCUGGUGGAGAUCCACUGCUCCCCGGACCUGCUCUUCUUCCUGUGCUCCAUGUACACGCCCAUCUGCCUGCCCGACUACCACAAGCCGCUGCCGCCCUGCCGCUCGGUGUGCGAGCGCGCCAAGGCCGGCUGCUCGCCGCUCAUGCGCCAGUACGGCUUCGCCUGGCCCGAGCGCAUGAGCUGCGACCGGCUGCCCGUGCUGGGCCGCGACGCCGAGGUGCUGUGCAUGGAUUACAACCGCAGCGAGGCCACCACGGCGGCCCCGCGGCCCUUCCCGGCCAGGCCCACCCUCCCGGGCCCGGCGGCGGCCGGGGCGCCGGCCUCCGGGGGCGCGGAGUGCGCCUCGGGGGGCCCGUCCGUGUGCCGGUGCCGGGAGCCCUUCGUGCCCAUCGUGAAGGAGUCGCACCCGCUCUACAACAAGGUGCGCACGGGCCAGGUGCCCAACUGCGCCGUGCCCUGCUACCAGCCCUCCUUCAGCCCGGACGAGCGCACGUUCGCCACCUUCUGGAUCGGCCUGUGGUCCGUGCUGUGCUUCCUGUCCACCUCCACCACCGUGGCCACCUUCCUCAUCGACAUGGAGCGCUUCCGCUACCCGGAGCGGCCCAUCAUCUUCCUGUCGGCCUGCUACCUGUGCGUGUCGCUGGGCUUCCUGGUGCGCCUGGCCGUGGGCCACGCCAGCGUGGCCUGCAGCCGCGAGCACAGCCACAUCCACUACGAGACCACGGGCCCGGCGCUCUGCACCGUGGUCUUCCUGCUGGUGUACUUCUUCGGCAUGGCCAGCUCCAUCUGGUGGGUCAUCCUGUCGCUCACCUGGUUCCUGGCGGCCGGCAUGAAGUGGGGCAACGAGGCGAUCGCGGGCUACGCGCAGUACUUCCACCUGGCCGCCUGGCUCAUCCCCAGCGUCAAGUCCAUCACGGCGCUGGCGCUCAGCUCCGUGGACGGCGACCCCGUGGCCGGCAUCUGCUACGUGGGCAACCAGAACCUCAACUCGCUGCGCGGCUUCGUGCUGGGCCCGCUCGUGCUCUACCUGCUGGUGGGCACGCUCUUCCUGCUGGCGGGCUUCGUGUCUCUCUUCCGCAUCCGCAGCGUCAUCAAGCAGGGCGGCACCAAGACGGACAAGCUGGAGAAGCUGAUGCUGCGCAUCGGCGUGUUCACGCUGCUCUACACCGUGCCGGCCGGCGUGGUGGUGGCCUGCUACCUGUACGAGCAGCACUACCGGGAGGCCUGGGAGGCCGCGCUCACCUGCGCCUGCCCCGGCGCCGACGGCCGGCCGCGCGCCAAGCCCGAGUACUGGGUGCUCAUGCUCAAGUACUUCAUGUGCCUGGUGGUGGGCAUCACCUCCGGCGUCUGGAUCUGGUCCGGCAAGACGGUGGAGUCGUGGCGGCGCUUCACCGGCCGCUACUGCUGCUGCCGCCGGCGGAGGGGCCACAAGGGCGGCGGCGGCGGCUCGGCCACGGCCGCCCGGGACUACGGCGAGGCCAGCGCGGCGCUCACGGGCAGGACCGGGCCCCCGGGCCCCGCCAACGCCGCCGCCGCCGCCGCCGCCGCCGCCUACCACAAGCAGGUGUCCCUGUCGCACGUGUAG